GUACCGACCUCCUCAUUCAAUUAAUGAUAUUCCACGUAACACAGUCUUUUCAUCCAUCCAUUCAUUCUUUCUUUUUUCUCUUUUGAAUAAUAAUUACACUCCAUCCAAAUCUCUCUCUAAUAUAUAUAGUGACACCAAAGUUAUAAUGUAGUAAAAAUAUUUCAUCAAAUGGGAGAUACUGUUAACCUUCCUCCUGGGUUUGUUUUCUCUCCAUCAGAUGAAGAACUUAUCCUUCACUUUCUAUAUUCUAAGGCUUCUCAUCUUAUACCAUCUCACUCAAACUUCAUCCCUCAUCUUGAUCUCUCUCUACUUCUUCCUUGGGAAUUAAAUGGUAAGGCUAUGUGUGGUGGAAAUGAUGAUGACCAAUACUAUUUUUUCACCAAACUGAAAAAGGAAAAUAGAUCCACUCAAAAUGGUUUUUGGAAGGAAAUUGGUGUGACAGAACCAAUAUUUUCAGGUACUGAUAAAAAAGUAGGAAUGAAGAAGUACCUAGUAUUCAACAUUGCAGAAGGUGCUGAAACUAGUUGGGUAAUGCAAGAAUAUCAUAUUUCCUCCUCUGUGCUUGAUAAUGUUGGUGAAAAUUGGAGCGAGUGGGUAUUAUGCAAGGUUUAUGAAGUUGAAAAGAAUAUGUAUUCUGAACAAGGUGUGAGUUAUUGUUACAGUGAUGAUGAUCGUGAGAGUAGUGGAACAGAACUUUCAUGGCAAGACCAAGUUUUUCUGUCUUUGGAUUUGGACAUUGACGUGGAAGGAAUUACCAUGAACCAGUAUUAGCUAGGGUUGUAUAUUGUUUGGAUUUGAUGAGCACAAUUACAUGGUAAUAAAAGAAAAACAAUUGAUUUGAUGGAGAAAAUCUUGCCAUGAUUCUUUUGAGUACUUGGAUUAAACUCAAUAAACAUGAUUGGAAGUUGGAAUUUGGAGGUUUUUGGUCUUGGUCUCCAUGAUGAAUCAAGUUUGCUUUUGGAGGAUAAAUGGGACUGUUGUUGCUUAUGUUCUUGCAAGGGUGGCUCUUUCUAAACGUUGUUAUGUCAAUAACUAUAUUCUCAUUGCUUUUCAAAUUUUAUCGUUAUUGAAAUGAGUACAUGAUGUGUGCUUAUAGUAAAUUUUAUCAUUCCAAUGAAUAAAAGUGAUUAUCAAUUUAGGA